ACUGUCUGUCUCUAACAUAGUAACAUGGCAAUGGCAAUGGCAAUGGCACUUGGCAGGCUUUCAUCUUCCUUCAACAAGCCUUUACGUCCUCUCUUCAAUGCUGGCUCAGUUUACUACAAGUCCUCUUUGCCUGCUGAAGCUGCGUACGACAAUGAGAAAAGCUGUGAUACGGAAUUGAAUGCUCCACUUGAGGUUGUUGAUCCUGAGAUUGCUGAUAUAAUUGAGCUUGAAAAAGCUAGACAAUGGAAGGGACUGGAACUGAUACCCUCCGAGAAUUUCACUUCUGUCUCUGUAAUGCAAGCUAUUGGCUCUAUCAUUACUAACACUCGGAAUGAAGGAUAUCCCGGUGCAAGAUAUUAUGGGGGAAAUGAGUAUAUUGACAUGGCAGAAACACUAUGUCAAAAACGUGCCUUGGAAGCAUUUCGGUUGGAUCCGGCUAAAUGGGGAGUGAACGUGCAGCCUCUGUCUGGUUCUUCUGCCAAUUUUCAAGUUUACACUGCAUUGCUAAAACCUCAUGAUAGAAUCAUGGGACUUGAUCUACCACAUGGAGGGCAUCUUUCUCAUGGAUACCAGACUGACACCAAUAAGGUAUCUGCAGUCUCCUUAUUUUUUGAGACAAUGCCAUAUAGACUGAACGAAAACACGGGACACAUUGACUAUGAUCAGUUGGAGAGUACGGCGAAACUCUUCAGGCCAAAAUUAAUAGUUGCUGGAGCUACAGCUUAUGCACGUCUGUAUGAUUAUGCACGCAUUCGCAAGGUGUGUGAUAAACAGAAAGCUGUGCUGUUGGCAGAUAUGGCACACAUCAGUGGAUUAGUUGCAGCUGGUGUUAUCCCUUCACCUUUUGAUUAUGCAGAUGUAGUGACUACCACAACUCACAAAUCACUCCGUGGCCCUCGCGGAGCUAUGAUCUUCUUCAGGAAGGGGGUAAAAGAAAUUAACGAAAAAGGAGAAGAGGUGAUGUAUGACUAUGAAGACAAAAUCAAUAGAGCUGUGUUUCCUGGACUGCAAAGUGGUCCUCACUUCCACUCUAUUACUGGUUUAGCUGUUGCAUUGAAGCAGGCUACAACUCCAAACUAUAGAGCAUACCAAGAGCAGGUUCUCCGUAAUUGCUCAAAAUUUGCACAGGCACUGAGUGAGAAGGGCUAUGAGCUUGUUUCUGGUGGAACUGAGAAUCAUCUACUUUUGGUGAAUCUGAAGAGCAAGGGUAUUGAUGGCUCCAGAGUUCAGAAGGUGUUGGAAUCAGUUCACAUUGCAGCUAACAAAAACACAGUUCCAGGAGAUGUGUCAGCUAUGGUUCCUGGUGGUAUCAGAAUGGGAACUCCUGCUCUUACUUCUAGGGGAUUUGCUGAGGAGGAUUUUGUUAUGGUGGCAGAGUUUUUUGAUGCAGCUGUAAAUUUAGCUGUGAAGAUCAAGUCAGAGACAAAAGGAUCAAAAUUGAAGGACUUCUUGGCCACAAUUCAGUCAUCUUCUUACUUUCAGUCAGAGAUUGCAAAGCUUCGCCAUGAUGUUGAGGAGUACGCAAAACAAUUUCCAACCAUUGGUUUUGAUAAAGAAACCAUGAAGUACAACAAAUGAGAGGAAAAUUUUCCAUUAGACAUUUAUGUCAAAUCAUAUCAUGUUUCAUUUCCCGGAAAAGCUACGCUAGUAAGCUGGCUACGCUAGUAAGCUGGCUUGAUCAGCACAAUAAAAGAAAAAUUUCCAUUGCUAAUUGAAGAUAGCUGGAUUCCUUUA